GAGCUGAUAAGGUAAAAAUCUGUCGAUCUGCCCCUAAACAAGGCAGUUAACCCACUGUCCCUAGGCCAUCACUGACUUGCCUAGUUAAAUUAAGGUAAAAUUUAAUAAAUAGAGUCGAUGAUAUUGCAACUAAAUAGUUAACAUUUAUUGAUCAAACCCUUGAAAACGGCACUCCGUUGUCAAUGGUUUUAGCGGAGCUGCUGGUCUCCUUGACCCCCCCCCCCCCCAGCAGGCAAAUAGAACGCCUCCCACCGUAUUGUGACGUUGUAUUGAUGACGACCUAUCAGAAUGAGUUCUAUAAACGGUUCCAGUUCCAACCCAACUCCAUUAUGACAUCACGGUCUUUGUGUUUUGAUUUGAGUGUCAACUUGUUUCUGUGCUGCUAUGUGACAGAAUGUUCAUAUUUCCAUGCAUAUUGAUCUGAGCAUCUUUGAGGAACAAUGCAGCAAGCCAAUGAAAACCAAGCCAGGAGAGAUAGGAGCUGCUUUGAGAGCCUGACCUUAUGGGACCUGAAGAGCCACAACCACAAUCCUUCUCUGUGGGUAGUUAAAGACAGAGAAGAAGAUGUGGAAUACCAGGAGAGAAGCGAGAGUGAGGAAGGAGAUGAAGAGGAAGAUGUACCUAUGUGUUUCCUGUUGAAUCACCACUUCAGUCACCUGGCCACUAAAUUUCCUGAGUGCAAGUUCCUGAUGAUCCUCGCCGGGCAGUGUGUCCCCAACUACCCUGUCAGCCACCUCCCCACCCUGUUCAUCUACGACUCAGGAUGUAUCAUCAACUCACUGAUAGGAGAGAAGGCCUGUGGAGGGAGGAACGUAUUGGAAGAUGAGCUGAAGUGGAUGCUGGCCCAGUCGGGAGCGUUUGUGAUUGACAGCUACGAGGCCUUAUACCAGGAGGGCACGCCCAUCACGACGCCGCGUUCGGAACAGGAACAGGAAGACUACAGCGAUGACCAGUCUGAUCACUAUGACAACCAAGACGCCGAGGUGUAGUCAUGGUUACAGGGACAAAGAGACAGCAGUGUAGAACUCUAUGACAUCAUGAAACAUUGGUGUAAACUCUGAUAUAAUAUCCUCAUUACUCAUUGACUCAUUACUCAUUACAAAUCUGAUCCAGAUCAGAUUUUAUACAGGUGUAGGUAGCCGCUCAUAUUGACUCAUUACAUGAUGUGAUCCAGAUCAGAUUUAAUACAGGUGUAGGUAGCCACUCAUAUUAACUUGUUACAUGAUGUGAUCCAGAUCAGAUUUAAUACAGGUGUAGGGAGCCACUCAUAUUGACUCAUUACAUGAUGUGAUCCAGAUCAGAUUUUAUACAGGUGUAGGUAGCUACUCAUAUUAACUUGUUACAUGAUGUGAUCCAGAUCAGAUUUAAUACAGGUGUAGGUAGCCGCUCAUAUUGACUCAUUACAUGAUGUGAUCCAGAUCAGAUUUAAUACAGGUGUAGGUAGCCACUCAUAUUAACUUGUUACAUGAUGUGAUCCAGAUCAGAUUUUAUACUGGGUUAAAUGCGGAAGACACAUUUCAGUUGAAUACAUUCAGUUGGACAACAGACUAGGUAUCCCCCCCCCUUUCCCUUUCCUAACUCAUAUUGAGCUCACUUGUUGUUUUAUAAUAUGCUGUAAUAAAGUUUGUUAUAUCU